AUCUACUGAAAUAGUAUUAUCAUGCACCAUUAAGAAGCUGUGUUUAUUACUGUUGCCUAGUUUCGAAUCUGCGUCCAAUAAUGUCUUGAUUUAGUACAUACAAGGUGAAGGGUGUUAAAGAGUAGUCGAACGAACAACAUGCCAGUUAUUCAUUUUCUAUUCCUUUAUAAUGGAAAGGAGUAUGGAUAUAUGAAGUAGUUUAAAGCAGAAUACACAAGGAAAAAGAAAAUAAGAAUGAAGAAGAAAUAUAACGUCUCCACCUUACAGCAGUUCGCAUAAGCAGACGUCCAUGAUGGUUACAGAUAAAUCAAAAUGGAAAUUGAAUGCGUAACAUAAAGUACGAAAAUGGAGCUGGUAAAGGAAGCCGAGAUGUUUAACGAAGAUACACACGGCUGUAUAAAGGUAGUGGAUGUACUAGACCACCCUAAUGAGAAAGCUAAACUGCUUUAUCUUCACCGCUCCAUAGCCGAAAGCUACCUGAAUGUGCGAAACUUCAAAGCUGCAUUUGAAUAUGCCACGUCUUGUAUAGAAAUAGAUGCACAAUCAUCACAGGGUUAUAUCUUACUUGGCCGGACAAAUCGUUACAUGGAUAAACAUUUUGACGCGUUGGACGCAUUUGGGCAUGCAGCAUCUUUGUUAGGCGAUGGUGAGCAGAAUAAGAGGGAAGGAAUUGUCACACAUUUAUGUGAAUCCUAUGCAAAUCAUGUCAAUACAGGGAUAUGCAGAAUUCCUGUCAAAGGUGUAGCAACGUUAUCAAUCGGAGUUAAAUGUUCCAUCAUUUUUCGACUUAUCAAAGAACAGCAAUGGACAGCGGCUCUCACUUUCUUUGAGGAAUAUAUACUUGACAGUGUCUAUUCCAAUAUUACUGGCGAGAAUAUUGAUUUAAAUCCUGUAUGUGAUAUAAGCAUGCUAUCUAGCCAUGCUUGGUUGGCUGAAUUCAUUAAAAAGAUGGUGUUGAGAGAUCAUGUUGAUUUCCGUAAAAUCAAAUUGGAACCCGACGAGUCAUACCUGCAUUCAUCUGUAAGGAUAGCAUUUGCCACGGGAAAUGUAGGUCUACUGGCAUUGGUCACAGAAAAAGCCAAAUGUUGUCAGGAACAAAACCAACGUGAUCGGCAUGGAAACACGGCACUCCAUAUGGCAGCACAAUUCCCACCGGAAAAUGAAAUGUUGAUAGAAGUUUCACGAAUUCUGUUAGAAAAUGAAGUCGAUCCAUUCCUAGAGAACAAGGACGGAAAAACUGCUAAAGACCUUGCCUCCCCAAAACAUCAGAAAUUGAUAGGAUUAUUAGAACAUGACGUUUUGACAGAAAAAACGAAUAAGGGAUACCAACCACAAACGAAGAAGAAAAAUCACAGAAGGAGGAAACGCUCGCUUGGCUGCAAAAGGAAACAAAAUUCAGGAUUUAAGAGAAGUGCCCUCGCAGAUGGCAACGAACAUCCAGAGAUUGUGGUAGAAGAAAUUCCCACCGAUGAGUCUCCAGAGAAAUGUUCUUGUAGAACCAUCGUAGAGGAAAUAAGGACAGCAAAACUAAGGAAAGACUGUACGAUUGAAACCCUAGUACAUGUGCUUCAAGAAACCCAUAGGUCACAUGACCACCACAAAGUUAGAAAUGAAUGCCUCGUGCUCAUCGCAGAUAUUAUUUCACAAAGAGAUACUUCAGAUAUCCCAUGUGUUUUAACACGUGUUGCCAAAGAUGUAUAUAUUGACAUUCUACACGAGCUAAUACAAUUAAGACAAUGGGAGCUGAUGUGUAAAGCUGUAGAACUGUAUCGAGAAAAAGUGGACGGGAACGCCCUUUCUGAGUUUGUGUCUGAUAUGUCCAUCGUUAACAUGAUUCAGACAGUGCAAACAACUAACGAGGAGAAGAUUGUUGAAAUAUUGAAAUUCAUGCUAGAUGGUGGCGCAAAUCUUAAAAGAGAAGAAGAACAUUUGGUGAAUGCAGUUCUAAAACGCUCACAAUAUAAGGUUCUUGAAGCAUUAUUGCGUCAUGACAUAAAUCCAGAGCUGUUGACUGUAUACCCCGGGGACACACCCAUUCAUGCUGCUUUGUUUAUAGGACUUCAACUGGAUAAAGGAAACUUCACCAUCUUUGAACUUUUCAUAGAAAGAUAUUGGAAAAACAGCAAAAACCAAUCUUGUUUGAAUCCUUAUCAAGAGGACGAGUCAGGGAAUGGUCUUUUUCAUAUUGUCGCAAAAGGACCAGACUGUUUAUCUAAUCAUAGAGCAACCCAUAUUUUAAACAGAAUUGGAUUACCAUUAUCGCAGAGAAACAAAAAAGGGCUGCUUCCGAAAGAUUGCUUAGUAUGUAAACACAAAGACAUAGAACAGAUUUAUUCGAACUUGAAAGAAGAGGGAGAUGACCAAUUAAAAGAGAGAAUAUUUGCCAUGAUUAAUAGUUUCAGAAAGGAAACUUCCCUUCCAGCAACACCCAAUCCAAUUACUCACCGCGAUGCAUCAUCAGAGAAACCUGCCUGUGUAAAUCUGUCCCCUACCGGAAAAAGUCAUGAAAACGGAAAUCAGCAAGCAAUAAAUACGAAGAAAACAUACAGCGCAUACAAUGAGCAAAUUCAUAUUCAAAUCGAUUUUGAUCCAACACUUAUUGAAGACCUUAUAUGGGAAAUACAAUGUACAAAAGACUUUUUAAAAGCAUUAAAGAAUAGAAAGGUUCAUCCUCACCUUAGAAAGAAGGCAGUGCAAAGUAUUCUGGAACUUGGAAGAGGAUUCAGGAUGAAACACCUAAGCAAAAGACUAACGCAUAAUAAUCCCUCAGGGCCUGUUUUAUACGAGAUCAAACUUGACAAGGCAGUAAGGAUAAUAUGGGAAAAAGCAAUUGACCUCUCAUGCAGACGGCAGGAUGAGACGCGGUGCUAUAGUGAAGUAAUCAGGUUGUGGGAUUUGGUUUUGGAUCAUGACAAAAUCUAUUCAAGUGUUCAAAAUAUAAUUCGAUCAUAUGAAAGAGCAACAACUUCACCAAAUUUGACGAAGUGCAUUAAAGGUAAACCACAAAAUGAAUUGCAUUAUGAAACACCGCAAAUAUUCACGUAUGACGAUCGAAAAACACAAGAGGGCAAUGUAGAUACACAUUAUUCUCACCAUCCUGUCAAUCCGGAUCCGCACGAAUUCAACGUCAUGAAAUUUUACUUCUUUUCUUCUGAUGUUGUUUACAAUAUUUUGGAAAGCUCAGAAAUUGAAGUAGAUUUUCAGUUCAAAGUAACUGAUCAUGAGUAUUCAUUUAUCAACAUGAAAACUGAUACACCUAUUUUACUGCUUGGAAGAAGUGGAACUGGUAAAACAACUUGCUGUUUGUACAGACUGUGGAAUAAAUUUGAAAUAUAUUGGACAGAAAUCGAAAGGAUGCACUCUGCUGGAGCUUAUUCUAUGAAACCCAUUCGGAAUGGGAAAAAAGAAAGUACAAAAACGAAGUGUACAGAAGUUGAAGAAAUCGGAUCACUGGAUUUGCAAAUACACAUUGAUGAAGAACGGAUCGCAGAUACAAACAAACAAAAUCACAAACCUAAAAAUCAGGAUAAUAUGUCGGGAGAGACAGAGGAUUAUCUUGAUAGACAUCUUCGACAAAUAUUUGUCACGAAAAAUCCUAUGUUAUGUAUGGAGGUGGAACGAAAUUUUCAUGAAUUGAGACAUGCUAGUAGGGUGGGAAAGAAACACUCAUUUUUUGAGAACAAACCAUGUCCAUUGAAGUUGCAAGAUGUUGAUGACUUACUAUAUCCACUGUUUAUCACAUUCAGAAAGCUAUUACAAAUUCUGGACAAUUCCAUUGUGGAUGCAAACCUAUCUAUGCGAUUUGACAAAGCAAUUCUCAUGAACGAUAUUGAAGGUUGGUCGGACUUCGACAAUGUUGACGAUAUGUCAAAAUUGAGAGAUGGUAGCCCGGGUCCCAUAGAAUUGUCAGAUGAUGAAGUAUCAGACGAUAGUAGUGACGACGAUUCAACAGUUAUGGUGCACCGCGAACCAAAAACUGAAAGAAAACAGGACAAAUCGACAUCGCAGAAGAUAAUGACCUACGGGAGUUUUGUGAACGAAGCAUGGAAGAAAAUAAGGAAAGAGGACUCACUGUACCAUCCAUCCCUUGUCUGGACAGAAAUAGUAUCAUUCAUCAAAGGUUCAUAUGAGGCACUAAAUUCACCUAAUGGAUAUCUAAAUUUAGAAGAGUACGAACGACUAGGAAGGAAAAUGGCACCGAUGUUCACUGGGGACAGGAAAAAGAUAUAUGAGAUCUUCCUUAAAUAUGAACAUUUCAAGAAACAAAAUUGUUUCAUUGAUGAGGCUGAUGUUACGAGAGCGAUAUAUGAUAAAUUAACCAAACAACGAGAUCCAAAUCUUCUUGUUCAUGAGGUGUACGUGGACGAGACACAAGAUUUCACACAGGCAGAACUAUGUAUUCUGAUACAGUUAUGUCGGAAUCCCAAUGGAAUAUUCAUGACGGGUGAUACUGCGCAAUGCAUCAUGCACGGCAUUUCGUUCAGAUUCGAAGAUCUACGAACCAUGUUUUAUUCAAUGUUCAGAAAACAAAGCAUUGGAAAAAGCUAUAUCCCACCUAAGAUCUACCAUCUGCCACACAAUUAUAGAUCCCAUGCAGGAAUAUUGAAUUUGGCUUCGAGUGUUCUUGAAUUGGUUAAAGAAUUUUUCCCAGAGUCAUAUGAUCAUCUUGAGAAAGACAGCGGAAUGUUAGAUGGUCCAAAGCCAGUACUUUUACUUGAGAAACAUUUGAGGGAUCUCCGAAUAUUAUUGAACACAAACCAGAGAAAUACAUCACACAUAGAGCUUGGGGCACAUCAAGCUAUUCUGGUUAUGAAUGAGAUGACAAAACAAAGAGCGGAAACCGUGUUUAGUAAAUGUCUCGUUAUAACAAUAGAUCGAGCUAAGGGACUAGAAUUUGACGAUGUUUUGCUCUUCAACUUCUUUAAAGAAUCUCAUGCAAAGAAGGAGUGGAGAACCGUACUUGGUUAUCAACAGAAAGUAGCCGUUACAGACACUAGUGUAGACACCGGACGGACAGACAGAAACACGAACGAUGCCCGGGCGCUUGAAUUUGACCAGAGAAAACACAAAGUUUUGAAUACAGAGCUGAAGCUGUUGUAUACUGCUAUAACCAGAGCUAGGACAAAUGUUUGGAUUUUUGAUGAAGAUGACGAGAGUAGAGCACCAAUGUUUGAAUAUUUCCAGAAAAGGGGACUUGUGGAAACGACUGUAAAUGAUUUUACUCGAAGGUCAUUUACAAAGUCGUCAAGUCCUGCGGAAUGGAUGGCAGAAGGGCAUUAUCUAUACAUUCAUCAUCGAUUUCAUGAAGCAGCCGUUUGUUAUGAAAAUGGAAGGAAUCCAAAAAUGGCGGAAUACUGUCGUGCUCGUCACAGCGAACAACAAGCUGACCAUGUAGACGAGUCAAAGAUCCGACACCACCUGUUAUCUGCAAUUCUUGGUUACCUGAAAUGUAACAGAAUCAGAAGGACCCUAUCAUGUCUGAAAAAACUUGGUGACUAUGAAAUCUUGGCAAAGUUGUAUGAACGUAUCAACAAGAUGGAAAAAGCAACUACUAUCUAUAAAGACUUGAAAAGGCCAAUUGAUCAAAGCAGAUGCUUGGAACAGCUGGGAUAUUACGGAAAAGCAAUGCAGGUGUUAGCAGAAAGUACACACUUUGAGGAGUGUCUCGGUUGUCUAAAACGUUAUUGGUCUCACAAAAACAGCAAGGAUGCAAUACCAAAGAGUUUGAAUUCAGACUUCAAUAUCAACUACACGGCUGCGAAAUACUAUGGAUCGAUUAGAAAUAAAGACUGCAUGAUGAAAUAUUGCAAGAAAAUAACAGACGAAAAGAAAAUGGAUAUUUUCAUGUCUUGUGAUUUUAUUGAAGAAGCAGCAAAUUUACUUCAUGAAAAAGGUAGACACAAUGAAGCCAUGGAACUUUACAUUAAAAAUGGAAAUGUGCAAAAGGCAUUGCAACAUUUGAAGCAAAAGACGAUCAAAAACAGGGAAUUAUGGCAUGCAUGUACAAUUAUAAGGGCGCAGCUUGCAGUUGUUAUCUCGGGAAAAGAAGGUAUAGAUGAGUCUGUCCAAGACUUGGACGAAAUUAUAAAUGACAAAAGUGCUAAUACUCUUUUAGCUGCAAAGGCACAAUUCAUCCGGGGACAAUUGCAAGAAGACCGAGAUGAUAUAAAGAAAGCCUAUGGAAUGUUUGCAACUGGUAAUGCAAGUUAUUUCGGGAAAUUAGAAUGUAUUAAUUGGCUGGUGGAAAACAUGAGAUUGACUGAUUAUUUUGAAGAUGCGUGUACAAUAUUAACCUAUCUUGGAGAAUUACACCCUCCAUUUCAUCAUCUUGUGUUCGGAAAGUGUAGUCGCGAUUACUUUCAGGAUUCAGAUUACAUGUUCUAUGGAAUAAAAUACGAGGAGGUCUCUAAAAACUACAAAAUAUAUCCAAGACAGGCACCGUUGGCGAGGAAGAUUUGCACUUCAAAAAAUAACCUCGAAAUAUGUCUUGGCAAGGAAGAGAUGACAGAGUCUGUUUUACAUUUCAUAACCCAGAGAGCAAAUCAAUGGUUACAAAAACUGCAAUCCUCCAUUGAAUUACAGAAGAAUUCAAUGGAACAAUUUCUGCAGAAUCCAAAAAGAGUAAAUAAGCCAGAAUCAUUAGAACAUUUAACCAAAGUUAAGGAAUUGAAAAAGGAAUCUUUGUUCUGCCUCAUUCAAUCCCACAUUUUAUCUGUCGGAAUAUCCUUCCUUUCAAAGUGGACGACUGACCCUACAUUUGAUGAAUGCGAGGCGUUUUCAAGUACUUUAUUUUCAUUCAAUUGUAUUCAAGCAAUACCUGUGGACAGCAUGGAUCUCAAAAGUAAAGUAUCCAAUUUAUUAAGAAAAUCGCCUCUUGAAGUAUUUCGAAAAGCAAUGGUAAAAUAUUUGAAGGCAAAUUUCAAUCAAUUACUUAAAGCGUCAGAAAAAAGUACGAUGAGAAAUUUCAUUGAAAUCAUUCUUCUUCAAAAUGGAUUGGCUUUAACAGACGUAAAUGUCUUGGAAAUGAUGGGAAAUUAUGAACACCAAAGAUUGACUGCCAACGAAAGACCAAAGACGUUUUCAACAAAUAAAGAUCGGGGAAACGCAUUUCAAAAGAUCACAGAAGACGAGAAAUCCCAUGGAUGUAUCAGGCUUGGCAAUUCUACCUUUAUCUCGAUUGCAAAACAGUUUUCUGAAACCAUUAAAUACCUUAACAUCAACGAUGCUAAUUCAGCAGCCUACUUUUUCAAUGCGUUCUGCAAAAUUUUGGGAGAGCAAAAUCAGGAAGGAUUUGAAAUUUCUUUUGAUGUAUUUUUACUGUGCGCUGAAAGUAUUUUAUCCAUCACUUUACUAAAUGCAGUUCAAGUGGAUAAUGAUAUAAAGGUGAUAAUACCCAAUUCUUUUCGUCGGAGACUGUAUUAUGUCGAAACUGUUUUUCUGAAUAAUUCAACACCUUGCGUAUCAGAUCACACUGCAGAUCAAAUAUCACAGAAGGCUACAUCUGAGUUUUGUCUGAAGCACUUUGUUCAUGUCCUUUGUGGACUUUCCUGCAAUGUAAAUCUCUUGCAACUAGCACGAAAGAAAGAUUGGCCUUCUUGCGAAAAUGCAAGUGAGAGAAUAAUUGUUUUGAGCUUACUCAUACUGUGCAAUUUAGGAGGUGCAAUCAAAUUGAAUGACACUGAGAUCAAGAAACUGGCGAGUGAAGUUGAUCACACUUUGACUAUCACAAAUAAGGAAGAUGUUUUGAAACAAAUAAAAUCGUCGGAAAGCUCAUUGGAUUUUAUCAACGCUCUUGCGUUUAUUCUAGAGAAACAGGACAUGCAUCUUCAAGUUUGUACUUGGAACGCAAAAAUGGUUUUUCGAAGAUUGAGAUAACCUUUGGAAAUUGAACAAAAUAUUUCAUACUUCAACUGCAAACUUCCACUAUAGUAUAAAACACUGCAAUUGACUUAAAAUCCAGGGAAGACCUUUAAUCUGUUAGCUGUACAACUGCGAACAAUAUCACUGCGGUUUCCAAGAUAAAGAAAUUUCUGGGCUAAAGAAAGCCUCAAAACCAACACGUCUCAAUGAAGAAUUUUGAACAGUUAUUAAACGUCACAUGGGAUAUGUUUCUGCAAAAAAGAAAGGCAAUGAUAAAGGAGCUAUGCUAUUCUAUAAGAAAAUAUUUCCGAUAUGAAUACAGAUAUCCUCGAAAUGUCAAUAAAAUGAGAUUA